UGGGAGGCAGGGCCCAGGCCUGCCCAAUGGACUCUCGCGGAGGCUGGGCGGGACUCUUAUUUCAGCCGCCUUCCAGACUGCAGGCGCGUCACGCGUCCGGGACUCAGGAUGUGGCAUUUUGCUCGCGCGCUUUGUGUGAACGCUGCAAAGAACAGCAAGCUUCUAGGACUUUGGAACAGGCCUGCUGCCUUCAUGUCCACUCUGCUGAUCAAUCAGCCCCAUUAUACUUGGCUGAAGGAGCUGGGGCUCCGCGAGGAAAACGAGGGCGUGUAUAAUGGAAGCUGGGGCGGCCAGGGAGAGGUUAUUACAACCUAUUGUCCUGCUAACAAUGAACCAAUAGCAAGAGUCCGGCAGGCCAGUGUGGCAGACUAUGAAGAAACUAUAAAGAAAGCAAGAGAAGCUUGGAAAGUCUGGGCAGAUAUCCCUGCUCCGAAGAGAGGAGAAAUAGUAAGGCAGAUUGGCGAUGCCUUGAGGGAGAAGAUCCAAGUACUGGGAAACCUGGUGUCUUUGGAGAUGGGGAAAAUCCUGGUGGAAGGUGUGGGAGAAGUUCAAGAGUACGUGGAUAUUUGUGAUUAUGCUGUUGGCUUGUCCCGUAUGAUUGGGGGACCCAUCUUGCCUUCUGAAAGACCUGGCCAUGCACUCAUUGAACAGUGGAAUCCUGUAGGUCUGGUUGGAAUCAUCACUGCAUUCAAUUUCCCUGUGGCAGUGUAUGGCUGGAAUAAUGCCAUUGCAAUGAUAAUUUUAAAAAUAUGUCUUAAACUAAAUUAUUUUCUGUCUUAGUAAUGGCUCUUUCUUUCUAGGAUAAUAGCCAAGGUUCUAGAGGACAACAAGCUGCCUGGUGCAAUUUGUUCCUUGACUUGUGGUGGAGCAGACAUCGGCACAGCAAUGGCCAAAGAUGAGCGGGUGAACUUGCUGUCCUUCACUGGAAGUACUCAGGUGGGAAAACAGGUGGCGCUUAUGGUACAGGAGAGGUUUGGGAGAAGUUUGUUAGAACUUGGAGGAAACAAUGCCAUUAUUGCUUUUGAGGAUGCAGACCUCAGCUUAGUUGUUCCAUCAGCUCUCUUUGCUGCCGUGGGGACAGCUGGCCAGAGGUGUACCACUGCAAGGCGACUGUUUUUACAUGAAAACAUCCAUGAUGAUGUUGUAAAUAGACUUAAAAAGGCCUACGCACAGAUCCGAGUUGGGAACCCAUGGGACCCUAAUGUUCUAUAUGGGCCACUCCAUACCAAACAGUCAGUGAGCAUGUUUCUUGGAGCGGUGGAAGAAGCAAAGAAAGAAGGAGGCACAGUGGUCUAUGGGGGCAAGGUUAUGGAUCGCCCUGGAAAUUAUGUGGAACCCACAAUCGUGACGGGUCUUGCCCAUGAUGCCUCCAUUGCACACACAGAGACUUUUGCUCCCAUUCUCUAUGUCUUUAAAUUCAAGACUGAAGAAGAGGUCUUUGCAUGGAACAAUGAAGUGAAACAGGGACUUUCAAGUAGCAUUUUUACUAAAGAUUUGGGCAGAAUCUUCCGUUGGCUUGGACCUAAAGGUUCAGACUGUGGCAUUGUAAAUGUCAAUAUUCCAACCAGUGGGGCAGAGAUCGGAGGUGCAUUUGGAGGAGAAAAGCACACUGGUGGUGGCAGGGAGUCUGGUAGUGAUGCCUGGAAACAGUACAUGAGACGAUCUACUUGUACCAUCAACUACAGUAAAGACCUUCCGCUGGCUCAAGGAAUCAAGUUUCAGUAAAGUUGCUUUCAAUUGGCCUUAUUUUAGUAAGGUCUUUUAGGCAUUCCUGUAGCUACUCUGAAGAAGACCAAGAAAAUUAAGAUUUACUCUGAAUAAAUGCAUCAUCCUGAAUAUGA